AUGGAGGGGGGUGGUGUGGGAAUGAGAAAGAGGAAGAAUCCUUACAAGGGGAUUAGGAUGAGGAAGUGGGGGAAGUGGGUGGCGGAGAUUCGGCAGCCCAACAAGCGGUCUCGGAUUUGGUUAGGCUCUUAUUCAUCGGCCAAGGCGGCGGCGAGAGCUUAUGACACGGCGGUGUAUUACCUCCGCGGGCCUUCCGCCAGACUCAACUUCCCGGAGCUGGUGGCCAGUGAGGAUGCUGAUCAGUUAUUGUUAGCCGGGGCUCAGCUGUCGGCGGAUGCGAUAAGGGCCAAGGCUAUUGAAGUGGGCUCACGAGUUGAUGCUUUGGAGACCACUUCUGCUAAUAAUCUGAAUAAUAAUUCUACUCAUGAUGAAGACGACGAUGAUGACGAGCUUGAUUUGAACAAGAUGCCUAAACCGGAACCGGCUGAUGACUCGGACCAGCAUCACCUUCAACAUCAGUGGUGA